CCCGGCGGCGGCGGCGGCGGCACGUGGUCGGCCCGAGCAAAGGUCUCUGCGGUGGGUCUGGCCGGGCGGAGAGCGCGAUCCCGGCGGACGCCCGGCUGGUGGGUGCGCGCUCGCCCCGCACGUGGGAAGCGGGCCGGCGGCGGCGGCGGCGGGACGCGUGUUCUCUCUCGCCGCCCCUCUCGGCGGAUCCCCCAGCAGGCUUGGCGUUGCCAUGUGGGACAGCUCUUUGCCUUCUUAAAAUACUUUACAAAUAUUGGUCAUGCCUAGAUGAGAAUGUGCAAAUUGGGAGAAUAACAAAGGCUGACAUAUCGCCUCGCCUGGGUCAUGGCAGCCACAAGGAAUCUCCGGCAGCGAGGCCAGCGCUUGGCAGGCUGGUGACGAGCCGGCGCCCGGUUUUGGCAAGGCAGGGUGAGUGGCUGGAGCCGGGUUUCAGCGCAGGGGUCCCUCUCGCGAUGGCCAAGGGACAGUAGAAGCCCCUCGCCCUCCAAGAGGCUCCGGAGAGACAGCCAUGCCGGUGCUGACGUUUGGCGUGGCCGACUACACCAUUUUCGUCCUUCUGCUGGUCUUCUCGGCCGGGAUCGGACUCUUCUACGCCCUGAGUGGCGGGAAGCAGAGGACCACGCAGGAGUUCCUGCUGGCCAACCGCAGCAUGGGCUUCUUCCCCGUGGCGCUCUCCCUCCUGGCCACCUUCCAGUCGGCCGUGGCCAUCCUGGGCGUCCCCUCCGAGAUCUACCGCUUCGGCACUGAGUACUGGUUCCUGGGGUGCUCCUACUUCCUGGGGCUCCUCAUCCCCGCUCACGUCUUCAUCCCCGUCUUCUACCGCCUGCGCCUGACCAGCACCUACGAGUACCUGGAGCUGCGGUUCAACAAGGUCGUGAGGGUGUGUGGAACAGCCACCUUCAUCUUCCAGAUGGUGGUGUACAUGGGGGUCGUCCUCUACACCCCAGCGCUGGCUCUCAAUGCAGUGACCAACUUUGACCUCUGGGCCUCUGUGCUGACCAUUGGGCUGGUCUGCACCCUCUACACCGCCCUGGGCGGCCUCAAAGCCGUGAUCUGGACAGACGUUUUCCAGACCUUUGUCAUGUUUGCCGGCCAGGUGGCUGUGAUCGUGGUUGGCACCAUCAAAGUGGGGGGCAUGGGGCGCGUCUGGCAGCUGGCGGCAGAGAAGGGCAAGGUGUCCGGCAUCGACCUGAACCCUGACCCUUACGAGCGCCACACCUUCUGGACCCUGGCCUUUGGGGGCGUCUUCAUGAUGCUGUCUCUCUACGGGGUCAACCAGUCCCAGGUCCAGCGAUACCUCAGCUCUCGCUCGGAGCGGCAGGCCGUGCUGUCUUGCUACGCCGUCUUCCCCUGCCAGCAGCUGGUCCUCAGCCUCAGUUGCCUCACCGGCCUGGUGAUGUUCGCUUACUACCAGGAGCAUGAGCUGAGUCCGGAGCAGAGCAGCGCCUCCUCCGAUCAGAUGGUCCUCUACUUCGUGAUGGACGUCUUGCACUCAGUGCCCGGCCUCCCCGGCCUCUUCGUGGCUUGCCUCUUCAGCGGCUCCCUCAGCACCAUCUCCUCCGCCUUCAACUCCCUGGCCACCGUGACCAUGGAGGACCUGAUCCGCCCUUACGUGGCCAGCAUCCCCGAAGGACGGGCCACGCUCUACUCCAAGCUGCUGGCUCUGGCCUACGGACUCCUCUGCCUGGGCAUGGCUUACGUCUCCUCCAUGAUGGGUUCGGUGCUGCAGGCUGCCAUCAGCAUCUUUGGCAUGAUGGGGGGCCCUCUGCUGGGAGUCUUCUGCCUGGGCAUGUUCUUUCCUUGUGCCAAUUCCGUGGGGGCCGUCACUGGCUUGGCUGCCGGGCUGGCCAUGGCGUUUUGGGUGGGCAUCGGGAGCUGGGUGGCCAACCAGGUGUUUGUGCCCCCCGGGACUGGCGUCCCCCAACUGGACGGAAACCUCACAACGGCCGUCAUGACGACGCUGCAGACCUUGACAGCGACCCCACAGAGAGUCACGGGGCUGCGCAAGUUCUACAACCUGUCGUACCUGUGGUACAGCGCACACAACUCAACCACCGUCAUUGUCGUGGGACUGCUGGUCAGUCUCCUCACAGGCCCCACGCGGGGGGAGGACGUGGACCCCCGGACCAUCUUCCCCGUGCCCCGCCUGUUCUGCUGCUUGCCAGUGAGGUACCGAGAGAAGCUGCGCUGCGGGGUCUGCAGCCCCCAAGAGGACGGAAACUGCCCAGAGCCGGUUCCCCUGGCUGUGGAGAAGACCAGCAAUGGGCUGCUGAACGGUCUGCAGGAGGGGCUGCCCCUUGGGGGCGAUGAGGGAGAGGAGCCCCCCGGGGAGGGGGCAGCUCGGCCAGGCGGGAGCCACAGCUACAUCCUGCGGGAGACAGCCCUCUGAGCGGGACGGCGGGAGCGUCUGCGGGGCUUGGCUCUGUUCCGAGAGAGGACCCCCCCCCCAGGGAGAAGGGGGUCCCGGACCCUCCUUGGGGCCGCUCUGCACUGGAUCCUGG